AUGACAAAGCACAAGUCCAGUUGGGAGCCCAUCGUGAGGCUUCCGAUGAGUUCACGCACCAUCAGCAACUAUCGAGCACAGCAUCUUUCGAACGUUGAGGAAGGUUUCGAGCAACCCACAAACGAUUCGAAUGUCCAGGGCUUCGGCGAGGUAGAAGAACUAGAAAUCGAUUCUGAAAUGGGAUCCGAACCAGGAAAUAAUCACCCCCGGGAAAGUGACGAAGCCGGUUGUUCGUACUUGAACGUGGAGUUUUUAAAUUAUCUGGAUGGAAAUAUGGACUGCGAUUUCAGUGAUCAAACCGAAGAUCCGAUCGGAGGUGCUCAGCAAGUGGACUACGAGCUGGAUCUGGAGAAAUCGGGUGAUUCAUCGUUCGUCGGUGAAGAAGUUGCUGGUGGUACGUUUUCACAAGAGAAACUUCCAGAAGGGCUGUACGGUUGCUGGCUGCUUGUUGCUGUUCGGGAUUUUAAGGGACAUUCAUCUGGACGGGAAAUUGGCAAGUGGGGCGUUGCAGGAAACACGCCUAGUGAAUUUCUUCACCAGUGCUGGUUGAUGUCCCAGCGAUUUCUGAAGCGGGAAGUGAUAUUCAGGUGCAAUGAAAGCGGCGAAGCUGUACCUGUGUGGGGUGAGGAAAACCCCCAGGAAAUGGAUUUCGCACGAUUUGCUUUGUUCAACGAUAAGGCUAACCACAGAUACUAUCCCGUUGACAAGGUAACAGCUAACAUUUUGAAUCACUGGAAGAAGAAGGACAUUCACCUCCUUCUGCACGUUUAUUCACUUUCCUUAAGCAACAGAGCUGUCUUCAAAACGGUUAAAGAUUCACUACUGGAACCAGAAUCUAGGGACAGGGCUGGUGCUGCAUCGAACAGAAUGGUUGAUGAUCUUGCAAAAAAACUGCGUGAUAAGCAUGGAAGCUGCUGGCAAGCUCAAUACAUUGCUUGGAUGAUGUGGGCCAAUCCGAUUUUUGCUGCUGAUCCUUGUCAACGAGAUAGUUUGAUCGACGAGGCACCUCCAGCACACUUAAUUAAACUAUUUUCUACCAGAGAACAACCCGCAAUCCGAUCGAUAAAACGGAGUUUUGCCAUGGCUCAUAGCGUGAAUGCAGGUUACCACGAUGAAGUUGUCGUCAUCCGCAAAACGUUCUGUGAAUUGGAGGGAAUCGUUCAAACUUUGGCGACUAAAAUGGAGCAACUAAAUCGAUCGAUCGAAGCAUUGGAGAUACGUGAUACUAUGGAUCAGUUCCCGGACAUUGAACUCGAGCAAAAGUCGAAACUGACAACCCCAUUGCUGCUCGCGUAUGCCGAUGACAUUCUCAUCAUAUGCAAGGACCUCGACAAGCUGAACCAAAUCACGACUGCCAUGAAACAGCUCCUAGCAGAGGCUGGUCUGGAGAUCCACCCUGAGAAGUCCGAGCUCCUGAUCCGGGACCCUUUUUCUACCAAGGAACCCAGAAUCGAAGAAGUAGAGCCAGCGUUCAUCCAAGUCGUCCUGGCCCUGAGUUUAGAUGUGGAUUGA